AUGUCAGAUAUUGAGACACGACUUUCCGCAAUUUCGGGGAUUCCCUCACAAAAGGAUAAAACUACCGAAUAUCGUUCUUUACUAGAAACGAUCCUUGCUUCAACAGACGACUCAGUUUUAGCAACUGAUCUGGAAACUUUUGUUGACCACAUAGUACAAGAACAAGUCGGUCUAGUCAUUUCUCGACAGAUUCUUACCGAAUUCGUACUGGGCAUUGAUAAAAUUAAAAAUUCUGCCAUCAAAAAACGGGUUUUAAACUUUGCAUUAAAUAAAGUCCAACCAAGAGUUGUCAGUUUUGAAGAGCAGAUUUCUACACUUCGCGAAAAAUUAGCCGAAAUUUUUGAGGCUGAAGAAGAAUGGCUUGAGGCUGCUAAAGUCUUGCAAGGAAUUCCAUUGGAUUCGGGACAUCGAACCAUCUCGGAUGAAUAUAAACUCAAGAUUUAUAUUAAAAUUGUUCAGCUUCUUUUGGAAGAGGAUGAAGCUGUUUCGACAGAAACGUAUCUAAGUCGCGCCGCGUUAUUGAUCCCUGGUUGUAAAGAUCAAGUUAUCAAUUUAACAUUCAAAUUAUCACAAGCUAAAAUCUUUGAUUUCAAACGAAAAUUCCUCGAAGCCAGUUCGAAAUAUCAUGAGCUGAGUUAUGUAACUGAAUUAGCACCAGAAGAUCGAACGAAUUGUCUUAAUGCUGCUAUUACUUGUGCUGUCCUUGCUGGCGCUGGUCCUCAACGUUCGCGCAUGUUGGCCACCUUAUAUAAGGAUGAACGAGUGCAGCGUUUACCACAUUUUUCUAUCCUCGAAAAAAUGUAUCUUGAUCGUGUUUUGCGACCAAAUGAGGUCAAAGGGUUUGCAGAGACCCUUAAAGAACAUCAACGUGCUCGACUCGCUGAUGGCACGACCGUUCUUGAUCGCGCCGUCAUCGAACAUAAUCUUCUAUCAGCAUCCAUGAUUUACAACAACAUCACAUUUGAAGAGCUUGGUUCAUUACUUGCUAUUUCUCCAGACCAGGCUGAACAAAUUGCUAGCUCAAUGAUUGAACAAGGACGAAUGCAAGGAACAAUCGAUCAAAUUGAACGAUUGAUUUUCUUUGAAAGUAGUUCUGCUGGAAAAGCUGUUGGUGGUAUACUCGGUGCAAAAUGGGAUAUGGCAAUCCAAAACGUUUGUCAUCAUGUAGAAGAAGUCGUAAUUGCAAUUGGAAAUAAAUAUCCGGAGCUCGUACAAAAAUCAGCCUUUUAA